CUCCCUAAUGUAACACCCGUUCCAGCUUUGGCUCCUCCAUUAAAGAACAUCAAAGAUCAAGAAAAAUCAUGCUAGACUGGUUUCUGAAGACUGAGGAGGAAUUUGCUUCUUGCUGAAUGUGGUCCUUUGGAUGCCUUUGAGAAGUUGGUUGAUGAUAGGGAAAUUUGAACAUUGCUUCCAGAAUUGGCUCAUGCUUACAGCAAUAGAAUUAGUUUGGAAGGUGGAUAACUGUUGAAUGCUUACAGUAUGUUUCUGAUGAAAGACAUGGUGAACAUGGUAAGUCAGUAAAUGCCAAACAUGGAAUGCUUACAUCCUGAGAAGAAGGUUAAGAGAAUAAUUUGGAAGCGGUCCAAGGAGAAAUCGAAUGGGGAAGACUCUGCUGAAAAAGGUACGUCAUUGACGAAGAUGGAAGACAAUGUGAAAAAGAGGCCUCAUUCUGAUUCAAUGACCAGUGAUGUCGACGGGCCUUGCAUGAUGUCCCUACUCCCUCUUCCCAACUUGGAAGUAUGUAACUCGGGGGGGGCUGUUAUCUUGACUGGAACGGCAUGCAAAGGGGUAACUGGACCACCUGUUGGAGUUGUUGAUAUUGGUGUUAGCAUAUCUGCUUACUAUUUUCGUGUUGCUCUACCUGGAGUCAAGAAAGAUCCUGGUGAGUUCAACUGUGAGAUUGAAAAAGAUGGAAAAGUCCUUAUUCAAGGGAUGACAUCAACUGGUGGAAGAACUGUCUCAAGAUAUUCUCGGGUCUUUGAUAUGAAAAUUCAGCAACAAUGUCCAUCUGGUGCUUUCACCGUCUCCUUUUGUUUGCCCGGGCCUGUCGAUCCGAGGUUGUUUUCACCAAAUUUCAGAUCAGAUGGCAUUUUUGAAGCUGUUGUAAUGAAAUACGAACCGUAGCUGGUAGUUCAUGUAAACAACCAUUUAAGCCAGAACCCACCACAGAAAUCUGUUUGCACUUGGAUUUCUUGUCAUGGAUUAGUGGUGGCUAAUGUGCUGUGUUCACUAAACUUGUAGAUUAUGUAUGGUUCAGACAAUGACAUGUUUUUCCAUGUAAAUAGAGUAAAAGUACGGUUCAAAUUAUUCCCUAUUUCAUUUUGGUCCAAAUGAAAAAAUAUUCCACUUAUGAUGAUUUUUUUUCCAUAAUUGGAACCUAAUUUCCUGAAGGAAAAAAAUACCUAAAAAAGCAUUUUAUAUUGUCCAAGUUUACUUCUUGAUUUAUUUUGAGGAGGCUGUCCUCUUCAGGAUGUUAGAAGAAAAUAAAUGAAAAGCAGAAAUGGCUGUAUGAAGAAAUGGAAAAAUGAAUUUGAUGAGUCCUACUAGCUUUUUGUUUACCUAGAGAAGUAGUAAUGGCAUUUAGUAGUUGCAUGGCAUGUCCAAAGAAAGAUAUAUGAAAGAUUCAAGCAUCCAAGUGACAGCAGAGAUGUGUGUUUUCAUCUCAAGGUUGAUUUGAAAUGUCACUCCUAGCUGGAACACCUACUUCCCCAUGCCCUCAUCAGCUGCUAUAAGAGUAAGGGAACACUCACUUGACACUCUUCUUUGUGUGAAUUCUACUAGGUAUGUUUUUCUCUUUUCUACUUCAAUUCACUAAGUUUUACUCUCGAGCUUGUGCUUCAUUCUCACUUGCCGUUGAAUUCGAGUUUUCCCUUUUUGCUUUCUUAUCAUUUAUCUGAUCAACUGUUUUGAUCUGUUACUUAGGGUAAAUUAUAGACCUUAAGCAUGAGAUUAGGAUUCUUUAGUACGUAAAUCCUCUUUGAACCGUACGAUAAGUGCUGAUUAGUAAGUUGAAGUAUUAAUGUCUGCUUUACUUUCGAUAACAGUGCGUGAAUGCUGCUAAUUAACUUAAGGAAUAAACAAGACUACUCGUGACGCAAAUCUGAUUCAACCAAUUCCUUGUAAAAGAGAUUUCACUGAAAUCCUCAUUGGAUUCCCGAAAUCCCUUGUUCCUUUUAGCUUUUUUGCUCAAUAUAACCCUCUGUGAAUUCCAAUAAACUGAUUCAUUCCUGUACUAAGAUUUGUGCUUAGCCAUUUCUGCCUAGCAAGGUAUACAAUUCUGUUUUGAACUGUUUCUUUGCUAACUUUUGGAGAUUUUAGGAUUUGAUUGUAGAUUCAUUUUUUCUGCUUGUUAUUUGACGUUUGAUACACUUUAAAAAGGAUUUUGGUCUAGGGUUCAUUCUUUUGGAUAUCAGGUAGAUUUUCUUACAUCUUAGCCAUGGAUAAAGAAGCUGAUGUUUUGUCUCUGGCAGAUUAAUCAAUGAGAAGCCUUUGUGUUCUUCUUUAUUUUAAUUUUUGCUUUAUGGCUUUCUUAUACUAUGAUCUGUUUCUUUGAUGUCAUCUCUUAGCACUAGGAGGAGCCUUGGUAAAUUGUGGAGAUUUGUUUAGGAUUCAUCUUUCAAUUCAUUUUUUGGCUUGUGCAGUCGCUAUAUGAUGCCAAGUUGAUGGUUUAAGGUUUCUUGUCUGACAUCUCUAUGAAGCGGAAUUCUGACCGGAAAAUGCAUAGGGAAAAAAUUUCCAAGGAAACACUGAAUACUUGAAUAUGUGUAUCAAAUAUCCAUUUACAUGCAACGCAGAACAUGUCGUACGGACAGGAGCAGCCCGAGAGGGGAGAGCAGGAGAUCCUAAUGAUACAGUGACUAUCACUACAACUGCAAUUUCUUACAAGUUUAAGGUUGUCCUACCGGUUGUUUCGAGAAGCCUGGGCAAUUUGUCAGUUGAUGUUCUUCCUAAUGGAAAUGUCGAGGUAGAAGGGAUAGUAAGAGCUGGGGAAAUAACAAGCAGUGCGGUGCCAACAGUAUGCAACAGAAGAACUCGACGGAUAUUUCCUCAAGGUCACUUCACCAUCAAUUUCACUUUGCCAGGACCUGCUGAUCCCACAUUUGUAAGGGCCAAGUUAAGCUCAAAUGGUGUUUUGAAAGGAACUGCGUUUAAAUGUCGGAUUGCUAGAUCUCAUUAUAUUGAUCCUGCCCAAGUCGUCUGAUUAAUUGGACAUGAUUAGCUUGUAAUCAUAAGUAAAACCAACUUCCUAUUCGGGAAAAUCUCUAGUAUGAUGGUACUGAAAUUCUGUCUGUAUCCUCCUUUCUUGCAUGAAUUCAUCUUUCACAGCUGAGACUAGCUGAUAUUGCAACAUUGUCCUUUAUUCAGCCAGUUUCGGUUGCAUUUUAUAAAGUGUAAUUUAGUGCUGAACUUUUUUUGUUAUGUUAGUUAGUUAUGGACCAUUCAAAGGAAUUCUUGUAUGAGCUU